GCUUUGGACUUUCAUCUAUUAGCCGAACCGUAUAGGUAAGGUAGUCACAGAAAUACACAUUCUUUUUAGUAAUGGCCUAUUAGUUUUCCUACUUGGGCACUAUUUCAAACAUGAAGUUAAUAGUAUAUAAAAGUGCAUCCUUCGCAGACAGAAGUCUUCAGUUCUAUCUAUCCAUAAGCUAUUUCACUACUAGCUUAAUAAGUUUAACGCGAUAUAUCGACACGGAAACAAACUAUCAUCACAAGCCCUCUAGGAAUUUUCUAACAUUAUAAAAUCCUAAGCACCAUCAAUCAACAUGCCUGCGAUAUCUGGGUUCGUGAACUUCAACCCGGACAAGGAUAUCCCGUCUCUUCAGGGUAGAGUUAUCUUCGUCACAGGUGGUACUGCUGGUCUUGGGCGAGCUUCAGUUAGAGCCCUUGCAAAACAUGACCCUACCCAUAUUUACUUCACCGGCCGCAAUGAACAAGCCGGCGAAGCGCUCAUUGAGGAGAUAAAGAAGACGAAUCCAUCCGUGGGCAUGUCAUUCUUAAAGAUGGAUAUGACCUCACUGUCUUCAGUCAAGAAAGCUUGCGCUCAGUUUACUCACGACCGCCUCGAUAUUCUUAUGUGCAAUGCCGGCAUCAUGGAUAAACCACCGGCCCUAAGCGAGGAUGGCUUCGAGAUACACUUCGCAGUCAACCAUCUAGCACAUGGCAUGAUCAUUCAACAAGUCCUACCUGUCUUGCAGAGGACUGCUGAUUUACCUGGCUCCGACGUGCGAGUUGUCGUUCUUACAUCCUCUGGUUGGCGAGCACAUCCGAAGAAUGGUAUAGAUUUUGCUACUAUUCGUACUAAGCAGGAAGACCUGACUUUGUUGGGAUUCAAUCUUCGCUAUGGACAGAGCAAAAUCGCAAAUAUAAUCUACGCAGCUGAGAUCGCGCGGCGGUACCCUAAGAUCAUGGCUGUGUCCAUCCACCCAGGUGUCGUCACCACAGAUCUAGUAAAUAACUUGCCACCGAUGAGAAAAGCGUUUGUGUAUGGUGCAAACUGGAUGCUAGGUGGCGGCGUAGUGGACGAGAGUAUAGGUCGUCUAAACCAGCUCUGGGCGGCAGCAGGCGCGAAGAGAGAUGAGUUGGUGAAUGGAGCAUACUAUAAGCCCGUUGGUGUACAAGGCAAAUUGAACAAGACAGCGAUGAGUGAGGAGUUAGGCCGUGAGCUAUGGUCAUGGACUGAUGAAAUGCUGGCGAAGGUGGCGUAAGCUAUACUGGAUUAUAAUAUAGUACGAACUAGGACAAGUGGUUUUUUUCUCUUAGGUUAAAUUAUUUAAUUUGACUAUGGAAUGAUUUAAACAUCUUAUUCUGAUUGUAGA